AUGGCAGAUGACGCGGCGAGUUAUGGCUCGCGCGAGCACAUGCGGCGACGCGCCCGCGGCUCACAGGACACAUCUCUUUCCACAGACGGCAUGUACCGUGCGGGCCAGCCGAUCGGCUUUCUUGCCGCACGAGGCACGCCGUACGAGAAAAAGUACCUCACGAAGAAGCUCGGCUUCUGCUGCACAGUCAUGGCGCCCCCGAUCGUCCUGGUAACGCUCGUGCUCGCGCUCGUGCCGAUUGUAUGGGCCAUUGCCAAUCACACGCUGCACGUCGCCCAGCUUCAUGUGCUGGAGGCAAACCUGACCUCCAUCACCAACACCUCCUUCCCGCUUUCUUUGAAUGCACAAGUCACCAAGUCUGGCAUCUUCCCUGCCACUCUGUACUUCCGUUCCCCUGUCGACGUCUACUGGAGGACCGUGCCGACGGCGGAUGAGCCGACUGGUCGUGAGGUCCACUUGGGACAGAUGAAGCUUGGCCGUGUUAACGCUGCAGCCGGACACGCCAAGGUCCUUCAGAACACCCAAUUCGACAUCAUCGACGGGGAGGCCUUCAGAGAAUUCGCAAAAUUCCUCAUCACCGAGCCCGAGUUCACCUGGUACCUGCGGUGCCCGAACGUGCACGCCGAGGCCUUUGGCUUCCUACCGACGUUCCGCAACUAUGACUUCAAGAAGACGACUGUGCUCAAAGGAUUUGACAACUUCCACAACGUCAAGAUUCUCGACUUCCAGUUGCCCGGCAACGACCCCGAGGGCGGCAUCACGGCACAAGUGUUGACUAGCAUGACCAACCCGUCGCCGUUCAGCGUUCAGCUCGGCUCUCUCAACCUGGACCUGUACUACAAGGAUCUGUACCUCGGGCCUGCCGCCACCGCCGGCAACGUCAACGUCACCUCGGGUGUGAACACGGUGCUGCUUAAGUCGCGCCUGAUCUCCCACGCGGACAACUCGACCGCGCUGGGCUUGCUCGGAGAAGUUUUCACGGGGUACAUCAAUGGUUAUGCGGUGCCUGUCGUUGCGAAAGGUGUCUCCACGAAGCUUGCCAACGGCGAAACGAUCGGCUGGCUCAGCGAGGGUAUCAAGGCACUCGUCGUGCAAGUUCCCCUGCAGUCGCCAGAGCCCAUCAACCCAAUCAAGGGCAUCGACAUCAACUACCUCAGUCUCGUCUUUGAUAAGGAACAGCCAUGGGCGCCGGUCACGUACUCUAAUGCGUUGUCCGGCGCAAUCGGCCUUCCAUUCGGUUUUUCGCUGAACAUCAUCCAGACUUCCAACUCAAUCAACCUGAUCUAUGACAACACGAGCGUCGCCCUGAUCAAUGGUGCCUUCUCCAACUCGACCACAGAGCUGUCCCUCGUUAGUGCUGGUCAGACUGCCGGAACGCUUGACCUAACGCUGCCGCCGACCAGGCUGCAGCUUCCCGGCGACACGGACGGCAAGAACCAGACGGCGCACGACAACUUCAUCACAUUCCAGAAGGCGCUCAUCUUCAACAACAAUGCUCGUGUCCAACUUCAAGGUAGCUCCAAGGCGCUCACCGACACACCCAUCGGCCGCGUCUUGCUUAAUGGCAUUAAGUUCGACGUCGGCUCGGGCCUCACCGGCCUCGACAGCCUGACGCGUUACCCAACCGAGAUUACUAGCGUCGACGUUGUCGGCGGCACCAGCGAAGCCCUCCAGCUCGUCGUUGGCACCACUCUCGUCAACCCAUCGAACCUAAACCUGACCACGGGAGACACCAGCUUCCAGCUCUCGAACGAAGUUGCCCUCGGCACUGUCACGCUGCCCAACUUCAACCUCAAGAUUGGCCGCAACGACGUGAACGCGACGUCCAAAUUCAAUCCCAACAUCCACCCCAAGGGUCUCGAGACGCUCAACAGGUUCAUCUCUGGUCUGAACACCAACCUGAACAUCACCGGCUUCAGCGGCUCGUCGGAUAUCGUGUCGCUCAACUCGGCCUUGCAGCCGAUUAAGCUGAAUGCCACACUACCCGGUCUGCAGCACUCGCUCGUGCAGGCAGCCCACCUAACCGUCCUCGACACGACCGGCAUCACAGACACUAUUGCAAACGCCGUCGUUCAGCUCUCCAACCCGUUCACAUCAGGCCUUACGAUCACGCGCAUCUCGAGCAAGGUCUACUCGCACGGUAUCUUCCUCGCCCAGAUCGACACGUCUCUCAACUUCCCCGCUGCUGGCAAAGCGGUCACCUCGUCGCCGAACGUUCCCCUCGCUCUCAACCUCUACCCGCCCGACAUCUUCGGUGCGCUGCGCGCAUUCGCUGUGCAAGCCGGUCUCAACCCUGCUUACAUAGACGGCAUCGUCGCUCUGGGCGGCUUCACGCUCACGCCCGCCACAAACAUCGGCGGAGCCUCAAUCACCGCUGGAAACUCAACUGCUGCGCAGAAGCGCAACGUUCAGGCCAAUGAGGGCGGCGCUAUGGCUGACUUGCUCAUGAGUGCCGGUAGCGCCAACCUGGGCCAGCUGCAGGAUAUCGAGGACGAGGCCACAGUUCUCGACUUGCGCGGCCUUGAGCGCCCACAGAAGCGUGACAAUAUGUAUACCAAUUUUGACUUGCCUUCCUACGUCGCAGCCGCCUUCAAGGUCGCCAAGACCGACCUGGAGAUCGUGUCGGACGCCGUCAUUGGCGAGUACGGUACUACGCUCACCUUCGCCCAGUAUAACGUCCCGCUUGGCACAGACGACACGCUGUUCAAGCUACUUCCCGUCCUCGCUCAGCCGAUCGUACAGAAGAUCGUCGACGGUGCCAUCCUCAACGUCGACCGCGCGACCGUGAUCAACCCGCAGCAGAACUCGUUCACCGCUGCGCUGCAGGGCGCGCUCACGCAGGCGGGUCCAUUCGAUGGCACCGUUGAGUUCACGAAGGGUCUCAAGGUCAACUACCAGGGUCGCCUUCUCGGUCAGAUCGCCAUGCCCAAUAUCAGCCUUAUCGGCGAUGUUGGAUCCACUCUCGACCUGACAGCGCCGUUUGCCAUCGCCGACGUUGACUUCAUGCAACAGUUCACCACGGAUGCGUUGCACAAUCCUACGUUCGUCUGGAACAUUGCCGCCGAGGGCAUCACCGCCCACGCGCUCGGAAUUUCCGUCCCAAACAUCACCCUCAGCAAGGACGUCAUUCUCAACGGUUUCAACGGUCUCAAGGGCGACGUUGUGGUCAACUCGUUCGAUCUGCCGAGCAACGACCCCGCUGGUGGUAUCCAUCUCACCGUUAAUGCCACCAUCAACAACCCCGCACAAGUUGGUGUUCAGCUCUCGCGAUUCGGCACGAUGAUCUCUAGUAACGGGACCGAGCUCGGACCAUCGGCAGCUGCGAACGAGUUCAUCCUCCAAGCUCUCGCGCAGACAAACAUACCACUUGUCGGUCGCUUGCAACAGCAGACCGCACCAGAGGCUCUGAAUGUACUCAGCACUGUCUUCACGAACGUCGUGCAUGACCAAGCGACUACGCUGCAGGUUGCGGGUCAGUACGCAGGUCCAAAGGAGGUCACCUGGCUGAACAACGCCAUCAAGACGCUUGUCAUCGACAUCUCCUUGCCAUCUGUCAAGUUCCAGGUCAUCAAGGCGGUUAGUCUCAAUCAGCUCUCUUUAGCCUUCACUCCCGAUACUGCUUGGGCUCCGCCGACGAGCACGGUCAACACCACCGCUCCGUUCUAUCUGCCAUUCGCAUUCCCUGUUGACAUCAAGCAAACCACGGGUAAAUUCAUUGCCAACUACAACGGUCAAGAUGCAGCCGUUCUCGACGUGCCCAAUGUACCCACCAAGACCGACAUUGCGAACCGUAUCCUCACACUUGCGUUCAACAAUGUGCCAUUCGCCGUCUAUGACAAUGCGCACUCGACCUUCUCGCAGUUCUUGGCAGACACGACUGCCAAGGAGGCCGUCACUUUCAACUUGCACGGUACAGCCUCCGCGCAGACCAGCACGGCUGCCGGCGUAGUCACGAUCAGCGACAUUCCCUUCAAUGUCGACUCGACCAUUCUCGGUCUGCAGAAUUUCAAUGCUCGGCCGGCCUUAGUUUCCAACCUUGACGUCGUGCAUGGAUACCCAGACUACCUCAAGAUCACACUUGACACCGCCUUGUACAACCCGUCUGAUAUCACCAUUUCGGUCGGCGACGUCAAUUUUAACACUCUGUACACCGAGCACGUUAUUGGCCAAGCACUCAUCAAAGGACUGCAGGUCGUCCCGGGUACCAAUGUGGUUCCAACCGAGCUGGACUACAAGCCGCAGGGAAGUGCUAACGUGGCAGCUGGCCAGACCGUGCUGGAAAACUACAUCCAGAAUAUCUCUACGGAUGCAGUCGUCGCGGGCACUCGGCAGUCGACCCCAGUCAGCUCCUUGCAGCAGGCUCUGGCUGGCGUUGCUCUUACAGCCGCCAUUCCGCCGCUCAACAAGCUGUUGGUGACAGAGGCGAUCCUCGAGGUUCCCAAGAACAUCGGCCAGAGUCCCAUCGCCUCAGCUGCCGUCGUCCUCGCGAACCCGUUCACUGCCACGUUAAACAUUGAGAAGAUCGAUUCGUCACCCCAAUACAACGACCUCACUUUGGGCAGGAUUAACGUCGAUCUUAGCAAGAAUCCUAUCGUUGCACUUGGUCACGAAACAACGCAAUCCCAGAUGCUUCCCAUCACAUUGAACACCAAGCCCAAGUCACUUGUCAAGCUCGUGUUUGAGCUCGCCCAGGCCACUGGCGUUUCCCUUGGGCCUUGGCCUCCGCUCUUCCAAGAGAUCUUCAAUCUUCCUGGUGACGCAUCAACGCAAGUACAGGCGUACCCGGAUAGUCUGGACACGGGCUGCCAUCUCGGAAAUCAAUUUGAUCUGCUUGGAGCCGUCUUGGAAUCGCUUAAGGGCCUCAAAUCACGAAUUCCCGUCGCUUCUGGAGUUCACAUCGACCAGUACUUCACGAAUCUCAACUUCGUGCAGUAUCCAGUACCUGUCAAGACAGAUGAGACAGCCCUCUACUUGCUCGGGCCGGCAGGUGCUCCUUUGAUCCAAGUGAUUGUCGAUCAGGCCGGCCUUCAAUUCACUCAAGCGAAUGCAACGCAUCUCACGGACCAAGGGUUCCAAGUCUCGCUUCGCGGAAGCUUGUCAACAAAUGCACCCGCAAAUGCUUUGAUCGAGUUCACCGAGCCUCUGCAGAUCGCCUGGCAGGGUAAGAAUAUUGCAGAGAUUACGCUUCCACCCAUCUGCACGAUUCCGGGCGUCGGUGUGCCAAACCUUGAGACGACAGGCCAACUUCGUAUCACAAAUCAAGGUGCCUUCACAGAGUUUGCAUCGUUUAUCCUGCACAAUCCGUCCUUCACUUGGACUAUUUCAAGCGAUGUUGUUGUUGUGCGCGCGCUGCAGAUCACGUACAGCAAGGUCAAGCUCAAGAAAGACAUUUCGCUAGAUGUGUUUAACGGCCUGCCCGGCGUCACGGUCUCGAACUUCGACAUCUAUGGCGAGACAGCCAAUAGUCUUCUCUACACGACUGAUUCCAAGAUUCCUUCUCCGUCAGCUCUGGGUGUGGAAUUGGGAACAGCCACCUUCCACAUUUCAUUCCAAGGCACAUACCUCGGGCCCGCCUCCGCAUACGAUUUGUUCCUGCUGCCGAAAGCGGUCACGAGCACAGUGCUCAAGGGCGAGAUCGUCAAGCAGACGUCGGCGAACGAUCUGGCCAACGUCGGUAUUCUGUUCUCGCGCUUCUUGGCUGGCCUCAACUCGACAUUGACGGUUCAAGGCUGGGAAGUUGUGUCACCGUAUCAGAGCACCCCGAUCAAGUGGCUCUCGGACGCGUUCCAAACCCUCUUCCUUGACGUCGCUCUACAGGGCAAGAUUUACGAGAUCAUUUCGUCCAUUGUCAUCUCGGAUCUCACCGUCUUCGUCAAUGGGCCUACGUCUGAUGCGUACAAUGUUCCCACGUCAAAUAAUCAGUCGAUUGCGACGUUUGCCAACCCCUUCAUGUUCACCCUGACCCCAGUCAAAGCCGGACCAGACAUCAUCAUCAACUUCAACAAUGUGGACACUGCAGAGCUCAAGUUGCCACUUGACCCAGUCAAAGCUGGCACGUCAACGGGGCCGAAAGAUCCGGCCCAGCUGCUUCUGACUUGGACCAAGCAGAGAAUCAGGUCGCUCAACAAUGGGGCAUUCGAAUCCUUCUUUGCCAAAUUGACGGACACUUCGGAAGCUGUCUUCGACUUGAAAGGCACUACUUCCGUUGUUGCCAAUACGCACAUUGGUCAGCUCACAAUCACGGGCAUUCCAAUUAACGUUACGUCUCGCUUGGAUGGCAUCAACUCCUUCGGUCACACGGCUCCCUUGAAAGACGUCUCGGUCGCUGGCUCCACCCCCUCAUACAUCAAGAUUCCUCUUACAGUCGGCCUCAACAACCCCAGCCAUCUCACCAUCUACACGAGAGAAGUAUACAUCCCAUCUAAAUACCAGGGUGUUGAGAUCGGUCGCGCCUACGUCGCGGAGCUGUCACUAUUGCCAGGCAUGAACGAGGUCCCUACCGAGUUCAGAUAUGCUCCCGCGAAUCCCAACGACGCUACAGCUAUGAAGGUCAUCGAGCUUUAUCUCGAGCCUGCAAACAAUGGAGCUAACGGCGGAAACACUCCUCAGACUGCCCCCAUCACCAUUGGCGGAGUCCCUCAGACGAGCUCCCCUCCAGCGAGCCCGUACGGGUCCUUGAUUCCCGCCCUGGAGGGCGUGACUGCAGAUGCCUCCUUGCCAGGCAUAGGCGCUCGCCUUGUGACGCACAUCGAUGUCUUUAUCGACCUUGUUCAAUCGCUAGCGACUAACAAAGUUCAAUCAUCGUGA